UGCCGGUUCUUGAGCUGUUAGACAAACCUCUUUAGUCUAGAGGGCAUCGACUGCUUGCCAGAACGCCAUGUUCAUGCCUGCUCACUCCUGAUCGACUCGCGAGUGGAAUCCCGAAACCGAGCGAAACCGUUCAUCCCAGGCGCACAGGAUUGAUGCGAGGAGCUGGAUGAUGCAACGCCGAGACCAGCAACCCCCCUCUGGAGAAUCGUCAGAUCAUCACGCUUAGUCCGAGCUUCCACCCGCUAUUUUCGCGGCUGCUUCGAAAUCCUAUUUCUAGACAUCUUAUAUACAUAUAUAUACGUAUAUUUGUUACUGACUUAAAGUCUGGCCAAUGGCAGCAGGGGACCUGCCAUGGCUCUUCCACAUCCUCGCCGUGCUCUCGCCGAUCUUCAUUACAGUCACAUUCUACGAGAAGUCGCUCUUCGCCGUCCACGUGGCGCUCAUGACCCUCGCCUUCCUAUUGGUCAUUCCUGAAGGCGUCUUUAUCGUCGCGAGGCCCUCGCGGCGCCGCAAGCAGGCCAUGCGUCUUCACUUGGGACUCCAACUGACCGGCCUGGUCCUGGCGCUAGCAGGCACCCUCGCGAUGUUCACUCACCGCCACGCGCGGCUCAAGGCGCAUUUCAGCACGCCCCACGCGUGGCUAGGCGUGUCUGCUGUCAUCCUGGCUGAGCUGGGCGGGCUGCUGGGCGUGCUGCUGUACUUUAAUACACUCAGGAUUUCAAGGGGGCUCAUUGGAAAACUGCAUUUUCUGCAUCGGAUGGUGGGGCGGCUGGUGAUAGUGUGUGGCUUCAUCGCCAUCAUCCUCUCUCUCAAGAUCUUCGACAAACAAAACCCUCGCAAUAAGGGAUGGAAGACCUAUGUGAUGGCAUGUGCAGUGGUGGCACAGCUAGCGGGCAUGUCAUCCCUCCUCUACCCAUCGUCGCCCAUUGCAGCAGCCAUCACCGCCACCACCAGCGGCGGAAGCAGCAGCAGCAGUGCUGUGGGUCUUGUACCGAAGCAGUCUCCCAAGCAGGUUCGGCCGCAGCGAUCAGGUUCGGGAGCAGGUAGCAUUGGUGGUGGGGCAGGGAGAGGGGAGAUAAGGAGAGACCUUGAGGCCGGAUUAGGGGGUGCGGAAGUAGGGAAGAAGGAUUCUGAUUGAUGGGGUUUUUUUAUUCUGUGUUGUGUUGUGAUAAAGACUGUUUGUCUGAUUGCAGUGUUACAUUACGCCAUUACAUGGACUCAUGUACAGUGCAUCCCACUGCCUUGCAUCCCGUAUCUUAGGACCCAGCCCAGCCCACAUCAUGAGCGAGAUUACUAGCAGCCCAUUUUUUCUAAUAGGUGUGAUAAUAGGUGGGGAAAUAAUAGGUGUGAGGGGAA